UCCCCGCCCCUCACUGACCCUCCACUCGGACACACUCAGCAAGCAACAAGCUGCACUGCUCACACACACACACACACACACAUCGUGUGGAAUUAAAAAAAAAAGAGAGAGAAGACAUUUUAACACUUGAAUCCUCGAGGAUUUUCUGCUUCUUGGCAGGAAAGAUGGGGAGCAUGUAUAAGGAUGAGCAGGAUGACUGGGUGACAGUCUGCCUCAAAUACCUUCUCUUUGUCUUCAACUUCCUGUUCUGGAUGGGUGGAGGGGUCGUGAUGGGGGUGGGGAUCUGGACCCUGAUUGAUAAAGGAGAUUACUUGAGCUUGCUGGCCUCCAGCACGUUCGCCGUGUCGGCCUAUAUCCUCCUGCUGGCUGGUGGCCUGGUCAUGGUCACGGGCUUCCUGGGCUGCUGUGCCGUCAUCCGCGAGCAGAGGAGCCUCCUUUCUACGUACUUCUCCUGUUUGCUGGUGAUAUUCCUGAUUGAACUUGUUGCUGGAGUUCUAGCAUAUGUGUAUUAUCAAAGGUUGAGUGAGGAGCUGAAGCAGCACCUCAGUAAGACAAUGAUGGAGAACUACGCUCAGCCAGGGAAGGAGGGCAUCACUCAGGCCGUGGACCGACUGCAGCAGGACUUUAAGUGCUGUGGAAGCAACAACUCCUACGAUUGGCAGCACAGCGUGUAUGUCACGUCCCCAGAGGCUGAAAAAAGGGUGGUUCCUGACAGCUGCUGCAAGACCAUGACCCAUCGCUGUGGCCAGAGAGACCACCCUUCCAACAUCUACAAAGUGGAGGGUGGCUGUAUUACUAAGCUGGAACAGUUCCUGGCUGACCACCUGCUCAUCAUCGGCGCUGUGGGGAUCGGCGUGGCCUGUCUACAGUUAGCAGGAGCACUGUUGACUGCCUGCUUUAUUUAUCUGCUUUAUAAAGAAGAGGAAGAAGACUUCUCUGAUGUUUGAAUGAACAGUCCCGCUUUUGGCUCCUCAACAGCCAAGUGGGCAGAAGAUCUGUGGGAUGGUGUUUACUUGUUGCUUGCACAGACGGAUAAAGCUCGACCCGUACUGACCGAUCAGCAGGAGCUUUACGGGUUGCCUCAACUGCUUGCUGCCAGUCCACACACUUGUUUUUUCAUUCCUCCUUUUCUUUUCCUAAACUGCAUGAAUGUGUUCUCCCUCCAGUAUAGUCUUACAUGAAUAUGUCUUAUUUCUUCUUUUAACCUUCUAUUAAUAUAUUCAUUCAAUCAUUAAUAUAUUUGUUUCCAAGGGUCUUGCCUGUGUAAUGUGGGAUUCCCAGCAAGAAUGUAAUGUAGUUAUCACUGGUAUCCCUAUUACACACAAUAAUAAUUUUUAUAAUCUUCUUCAAAAAAGAAAAGGCAGAAAUCUAUUUUUUUCCUCUGUGAGCACUGUGUAUGUUUAACUAUAUCUGUAACCAGUUUAAGCUGCUAUCUUUAUGGAACUAGAUGCUAUUUUCUUCUUAAGCUUAACGUACAGAAAUCAUAUAAAGGUCAUGUGAUGCAGUCAAAGGAUGCAUCGCAUGAACUAUGAAUAAUGUGUGUAGUAGUAUAUGUUCUACUAACACAACGUACGCUGAGAGCCUUGAAAAAAACUACUGAGAAGCUAAAAAUAACACAGGGAUUUCUGGACUAUAGCAUACGCUAUAUGCACCCUAUGGUGCCUUGCAUAAGAAUUCACCCCACGUAAAUUUUUCCUCAUUUUGUAGUAUUACAGUGUGAACCUGGAAUCGACUUAAUUGGGAUGUUUACCAUUUAAUUUACACAAUAUGUCUAACAUUCAAAAGUGCAAAAUGAUCUUUCAUUCUGACACAAAGGUUAAUUUAAAAAAAUAUUCGUGGCAAAAUUGCUCAAGCUCUGUCAGAAUGGAUGGAAAUGAAUUGUGACCAUACAUUUUUAAUCCUUGCCACAGAUUCUGUAUCAGGUCUGGGCUUUGACACAUUCAGGUGGUUCUUGUUGAGCCACUCUAGCGCAGCGUUGGCUGUAUGUUUAAGGUUGUUGUACAGUUGGAAGGCGAACCUCUGCCCCACUCUGAAGUUGGGCUCCAUCCAUCCUGCCUUCAGCCCUGACCAGUUUCCCAAUCCCUGCACUUGGAACAUUAUGCUACCACCACCAUGCUUCACAGUGGCAAUGGUAUUCUUAGUGGCAAUGGAAAUUCUGCUAAAGAUAUGAUAUUACCCCUAUUAAGUUCCUUUCAUUUACAGGUUGUAACACUAUAAAAUGGGGAAAAGCUCAGGAGUGGUGCAAAUAUUGUAUUUAACAAGUAGCAUUCCUAAGACACAUAUAUAUUUGGAUACAUAAAGCUCUUAUUUUCACUGGGUGCUCUCUUAACAUAACUUGUCUGAAACCUGUUCCAUGUUUCUUGUUAUCUUUCUAAUGUCAUGUGCCAGCUGUUUGUCAGCUUCUCUGUCAGUAUUUAUAUUUUUAUUAUCUCGAUUUCAGACAUCAGGCUCUUAAACCUGAGCACCGAUAACUGAUGCAUUACAAUGCAAGAGUGAACUUUCCAUAUCUUUUCAAAGAGGCCUUUAACACACAACUGCCUCUGAUACUAGAGCUUCUAGGGCUGCAAAAGAUUUCGAGGUUUGGAGGCGCUACAUACAUGAAACCUUCAUGAAGUCUCCAUCAAUUACUGAAGCAAAUAUGUACCAUAAAAGACAAAAUAAUAUUUUCUACCACUGCUUAAUGUGGUAACCAUAGCAACCGCCAUCUCAUUGAAGUUCGGUCUCAUUGGAAAAAUAAUGCAAUCUUUGCAUUUGAUUAUCAGCAAUUGAUGUUUUAAGCUACUAUUUUUAAUUGGGCUUAUAUAUUUGAAUAUGCAUAUCAGUGCACUUGGGUGGAUGGUGCAGCAAAUAAUGUCUGCAUGUCAGAUGUCUGACCACGCUUCAUUUCACUGGUUUAUCAUUUAUUUAGCUAGAUACUACAACACUGUAUUGUAAAACAAUGAUGAUAUCUGUCCAGUAUGUCACAUAUUUGUUGCCUAGAUGCCUUUAGACAAAUAUGUGCCUCUUUCAAAGGACAGCAGAUGUACUUCUUAAUGCUGAUAUAGCAAUGGCAUGUAUUAUAUAUAGGUAUGCAUACUGAUCCUUGUUACUGAAAAUAAAAUGUUUUUGGGAUAAA